CUGUACAUUAAGAACCACCAGAACAGACCUAAGAACAGAUAACUUCAUCGUCCAUCACGAGUUAUGUCCAUCAUCAGUGGCCAAAAGAAAUCAAAGUGGCUUGACAUAUUUUGCAAUCCUUCUGCCAAGACCAUGCUUGUGCCUUUAUACGUUGACAAUUGGGACCAAAUUGAUGACCUACUUUCACCUCACUUCAUUUCUGGACAGAACACCCACACAGACUCACAGUGACACGAUCAAGUUUAUUAUGGAUGUCCUUUUUCCAGAGUCCAUCAUCUGUUCCCUUGCUGGUUUGGAAAAUCUCACCAUGCUGGAGGCUGAGGAGGAAUUUCUACAAGGGCCUGUCUUUGACGUAAGUGAGCGGGAGCAGUUUGACAGGAGGAUUAAGAACAUUUUGAAGAAGAGUGGCAACCCAUAGGAGUCAUUAUCGAGAGCCAUCCUAUAAUGAUCAUCAAUCCUGUUUUUGAUAAUGGUCUUAAUAAAUAAUGUUGUUCACA